AUGGCACAGCACGUUUCGACCCAAUUCACUAAUAAAAUCCGCAACCCCAGUUUCAAUGUUAUCGGUGCAUCGAGGUUCAUAUAUAAACGCUCGCGUGAAACUAAACGCAACAAUUUCAUCAUGUCAGAAAAAAAUUUAGCACCAGUCUCGUCGGCGGUGUCUACUGACACUGAUGUAACGUCAUUGGAUAUGCAGGGACUCGACGCUGGUGAUGCUGCUCUCCAUCAGAAAAUCAAACUCAUCAACGAUGCUAUAGACGAAAUUGGCUUCACGCCGUACCAUUUCAAGUUGUUUUGUCUUAGUGGAAUGGGAUAUGCUACCGACUCACAAUUGACAUUUAUUGAGAGUAGUGUCAGAACAUUCGUCAACUACCAAUUUGGGUAUACUUAUCCAGUGAGUUCCCAAUGUCUUUACUUUGGUAUGCUUCUCGGUACGUUAUUCUGGGGCUUUGGUGCUGAUCUUAUCGGUCGUAAGUUGGCAUUUAAUUUAUCUCUUUUACUCUCGGCAGUCCUCACGAUUUUGACUGGUGCAAUGGGUACUUUCACCACCUACUGUCUUUUUAUUAUCCUCUCUUGUUUUGCGGCUGGCGGCAACUUGGUGUUGGAUACUUGUGUGUUUUUGGAGUACCUUCCUCAUAAAAAUCAAUGGCUUUUAACUUUUUUUGCAUUCUUUUGGGGUAUUGGCCAAACUUUAGCUGUGCUUUUUGCUUGGGCCUUUUUGCCAAAAUAUUCUUGUGCUUCAGAAGAUUAUUGUCCAUCUCAUAUUAACCAUGGAUGGAGAUACACUUACUAUGUCAAUGGCGCAUUCGUGCUUGUUAUAGCGUUACUCCGUAUCUUUGUCGUGCGGUUAAAGGAAACACCAAAGUUCUUGGUAUCCAAUAACCGUGACGCCGAAGCUGUCGAAACCCUCCAAAACCUCGCUGCCAAGUACAAUCGUCCAUGUUCUUUGACCUUGGAGGCUCUUGAAGACUGUGGAGAAAUUACUGCCAACGACGAUUUCCGUGUCAAAGCAAGUUUGAUGAACACUUUCCGUUUAUCUGCCAAGCACAUCAAAAUUUUGUUCAGCAACAGGAAAACCGCUCGCUCAACUUCUCUCUUGAUAACAUCUUGGCUUCUUUUGGGUAUUGCAUACCCUCUUUACUCGGCUUUCCUUCCUCAAUACCUUGCUUCUCGUGGUGUCAAUGUGAGUGCUGACAGUACUUAUGGUGUCUAUCGAGACAACGUGAUUAGCAAUCUUUGCAGUUGUUUUGGUCCUAUGAUUGCUGGGUUGUUGCUUUACUUUGUUCCAUGGUUAGGUCGUCGAGGUGUAAUGGUGAUCGGUGCCCUAUCUACAAUGGCCCUUUUAUUUGGUUAUACUCAGGUCAAAAAUAGAGCUGGGAACGUGGGAUUAUCAUCGGCGGUAUACAUUGCUAUCUAUGUAUAUUACGGGUGCUUAUAUGCUUAUACUCCAGAGGUGAUGCCAUCAGCAGCUCGUGCUACUGGUAAUGCAUUGUGUAUUGCAGCAACUCGAGUCACUGGUGUUAUUGUUCCUGUUAUUGCCUACUUUGCCGGAAUCACUACUUCAGCACCAAUUUGGAUUUGUGGUGCUUUUGUCGGGGUUAUUGGAUGCAUUGCAUUACUCUUCCCAUAUGAGCCUAGUAAAAUGCGGGUGGUGUAG